AUGGAUGCUCCCUCGGGAGAGACUGCUGACGGUCACAAUCGUGGAUCAUGGACGUCAGAGCUCUGCCAAUUCUCGUAUGCACGCUUUCACCUCUAUCUCACCAUACCCCCCACGGUCUUUCUCUAUCUGCUCAACCGGCCAUUUCUGACCCGCCUAGAUCGAGCUAAGCUCAUCUUUCUACCUGUAAUAGCCUUUGUAUGGACAACGCCAUGGGACAAUGAGCUGGUGCGGCAAAGAGCUUGGAGGUACCCAAGGAGUUGCGUGAUGGGUACAGUCGGCUAUGUUCCCAUCGAAGAGUACUUCUUUUUCAUCAUCCAAUCUGUCAAGACUACGCUCUUCGCGUCUUUCAUGACCCGGUGGCUGCUGCCGACCUUCUACGUCUUCGAGACCAGAGCUGAGAAGCAGAGCAGCCUCUUCGCCAGGUGGUCGUUCGUAGCAGUGUCCUGCUGCUUCACGGCGUUGUUAGCAGGCCUAGCAAUGACGCGGCCAGGACAGCACACAUACUAUCUGGGCAUGAUCCUGUGGUGGUGUUCACUGCCUCUCGCCCUGCUAGGCUGGGGCAGCUCGAAUUUCGUAGCUCGGAUGCCCUGGAGGGCUGGUAAAGGCGCGUUCCUCAUCACACUACUGCUGCCGACAGCCUACCUGUGGGCUACAGACAUCUUCGCUCUGCGAAGGGGUACCUGGCAUAUCAAUGAAGCUACAUCACUCAACAUCUUUCCAAUACCAGAUCUGCCGAUCGAAGAAAUGAUCUUCUUCUUCGUGACGAAUCUUCUCCUGGUCGUUGCCUCAUUCACAUUCGACCGCUGCAUAACGCUAGCUCGUCUCGGUGUUGGCGUAUCUAGGAGAGAGCGGGCAGACUCUUCGACUCCGCCCUUUUCCCCAAGCUACCUACCGCUGAAUCUGGAGACUAUCAAAGCUCUGUGGGGUACCUUUGUCGUCAUGGACCCGCCAGCCGAAGAUACGACGGGCGGCUACGACGGGCUAUCUGCACAGUGUCGAGACUUAGCAACAUCUCUGGACAUUCUCAGCAAUGCCUCAAAGAGCUUCAGUAUGGCAUCCCUUCUACUGCCUUGGGAUCUGCGCUCCGACUUGAGCGUACUAUAUGCCUUCUGCCGGGCGGCAGACGACUGCAUCGACGACGAGGAAUCUGUCCCUGAGAGUGAGAGUGAUCAUGGCAAUGCCAAGAUCAGAAGGAUCGCCCUGCUGAAGGAUUUGAUUGCUGCCAUCUAUAAGCCGAAUUCGACAGAAAGCCAGGCCAGAGCUGCCAUCAGGGAUACGCUCAGGCGCUUCACAGACCAAGAAAGCAAGGGCAAGGGCACUAACGACCUCAAAUGUCAGUCGCAGGAGCAGCUACGAGCAUCAGCUAGCUCGGUCGUCCCCUUGCGCAAUCUUGUCCCUCGCUCCUUAUGGAAAGAGCUACUUCGUGGCUACGAGAAGGACAUGCAUCUAGACAUGAAGGGCAUUGGCACAGCGCUGGAAAGCAUGGAGGACGUCGUUGAGUACGCUCAGUGUGUCGCUGGCUGCAUCGGAGAGAUGUGUGUGAGAGUGGUCCUGGGUAGGUGCGGCGUGAUCGUCCCUUCGCUCGAGGACCUGAACUUGAAGCGGACGAUCGACUUGGACAAAGAGACGUUGGAGCCAUUGGCGGAGGACGACGUGAGCUUGCUGCAGAGACCGGAGGGGAGCACGAGCUCCGCCUCGAGGGCUACAGCUCGCUACCUGAUUCACCAUGCUCGACGGAUGGGCGUCUCGCUACAAUUGGUCAACAUAGCUCGGGAUGUAGUUGACGACUCUAUCAAGCUGCGAAGAUGCUACCUCCCACGCGAGCUCAUCGAGCGCAACGAGCCCGCGCAACCAGUACUGGAAGCUCUCUUCGCCGGCAAGGUCUCGAGUGAUGCCAAGGGGAGCAAGGACACCAUCUCUCCAGCAUCGUUACGGCCAUACUGCCUGCAACUUCUCAAGAUAGCUUCUUCGCUCUACACCGCAUCGUUUCCUUCCAUCCAGGCUCUCUCCUCGAAGCCAACCCAGUCCGGACUUCGGGCAGCUUGCGCAGUGUACUUUGCCAUUUCCCAGUCUAUUCUGGAGCAGAGUGAAGAGGAGAUCAGGGCGGGUAAGAGGGCGAGGAUGAGCAAGUGGAGGAGGGCGUACAUUGCUACCAAGGCGGUCUACCUUGGAAGGGGCUAG